GUGGUGUGAGAAAUCUGAUGGUUGCGUAGACUCAGCAGGUUGCAGAGUGGGGCUGGUGUGGCAGUGUUCAGUGGGAAGGUAGACGCGGGUGGCAGGUUGAGCAGACUGGCUGGAAACUAGAGAGCUUGUUGAGGACUGGCUUGGCACAAAGAGAUUCUGCAUUGAGAAGAUGAAUCUCUGUCUCCUGCUCUUCAUCUUCUACCUCAUGGUGCCUACUGGAUACAAUCAGGUUCCAGGUACUGCUGGUCCACCAGGACCAAUAGGACCACCAGGACCACCAGGACCACCAGGACCACCAGGAGAACCAGGACGAUCAGGACGACCAGGACUACCAGGACCACCAGGACCACCAGGACAACCAGGACAACCAGGACAACCAGGACAACCAGGAGAACCAGGACGACCAGGACGACCAGGAGAUCUAGGACCACCAGGACAACCAGGACAACAGGGGUUUCCAGGGCAACCAGGAACACCUGGAUCACCUGGACAAUCUGGACCACCUGGACCAGUUGUAAUGUGUGGACGAGACUCCUGUGGUUCUAAUAACUGUGACAUUCAAUCCUUACAGAAGACCAUUGCUAAUUUAGACCUUGCUAUAAACUUUGACUUUGUCCGGAAAGUCAAUCAGAAAUACUUUGUGUCCAACAAAGAGAGAGGCUCUUUCUCCAAGGCUGUAGAGUUCUGCUCCCAACAAGGCUUAGAGCUGGCUCUGCCCAAAAACGAAGAGGAGAACAGCAUACUGACUCAAGUGUUUGACAAUGUCAACAAAGUGGUCUGGAUCAACGUCAACAAUAAAAAGGCAGGGAAGGUUAAGGCUGAUAUGAAAAACCGACCUCUGACCUUCACCAAGUGGGAAGAAGGACAGCCAGACAAAUCCAUGGGGGAUACAGGCUGCACCAUGUUGACAGAAAACGGCCUCUGGAGACUGACACGUGAAUGUUCCCUGGAUGCUUACAUCGUUUGUCAGUUCUAGAAAGGUCUUGUGUGCAAUGCAGUGAUUUUAAUUGACCACAAAAGAAGCACAUUCAUUUUCUGUCUGCCUGUUUAACCGUGCCCUCCUGCUUUACUUUUGUGUCUUGUCGAAAGUGAUGCAGGAAUGAAACCAGGUCAAACUAAAGUCAUACUAAGCCUUCAUAAAUAGUGGAUAUGAGUAUUUAUUAAGGGUUUUUAUUAUCCAACAAUAAAUAAUACUUGGAACAAAAUUACUUUCAGAACAUAAAGCUUUUUUAAACGCAUCUAUGAAAUGUAAGCAUUGCUUAAGAAACAUGUGAUUGCAUUAUCAGCUUUGUACUAUUGCACAGAUAUAUUUGUAUGUUAACAGAAAUAAUAUUAUGCUUGUGUUGAAAGUAAAUAAUGUAUUCUGUAAGCUUGCCUCAAUAAAUUGUUUAGCAGUGA